AGGUGGCGCUGGCCCCUCGACCGCGUGGUGCUGCAGUCGGCGGCCGGCGAGCUGCUCGGUGACGCCGACGAGGCGCCCCUGGGCGCCAGCUGGUCCGUCGACGCUUCGCUGUCGCCCUGGGUGGCAGAGGCCAGCGUGCAGAUGGCCGUGCUGCCCGACGAGGCGGCGGCUGCCGACGGGCUGCCGACGGCGGCCGUCACCGCGCGGCUGCGGGGCGGGGAGCACGCGACGGUGGGCGCGCUGCGGGCGCAGCUGGAGGCCGUGCUGGGCGUGACUCACCGCCUCUUCAUGGCGCACCCGCAUCCCGAG